UGGAACUCGUCGACCAUUCUCUUGCGGAGCAGACGAAGGCCGCUGGGAGAAGGACGAGAACCGAGAGGAGCGACGAGAGCAGCGCAGCGCCAUGGCGAGCGCGGUGGUGGCUUUCCAUGGGCAGCAGCUGGCGGGAUUGAAGGCGAAUCGCACCGCGAGGGUGGAAUCGAUGCGGUCCGCGGCGCUCUCCUGCGCUGCAGCACCCGUGGGCUUGCCCAGUUUGAAGAGCGGGGUCAGGAUGAGUUCGGAGUGGAUGAGCGGAGGUGCUGCCCUGAAUCUUCUUUCGACGAGUCGCGGAGCGGCUCUGAGAAUGAGUGAUAAGAGAAGGGUUGGCGGCAAGACGCUCGGCGUCAGGUGCAGCGCCUCGGGUUCUUCCACUGCCCGGCCAGCCUCGCAGCCCCGGUUCAUUCAGCACAAGCAAGAAGCAUUUUGGUUCUACAGGUUUCUGUCGAUCGUCUACGAUCACGUCAUCAAUCCUGGUCACUGGACUGAGGACAUGAGAGAGGAUGCCUUGGAGCCUGCAGAUUUGAAUGACCCGAAUCUGGUUGUUGUAGAUGUCGGUGGCGGUACCGGAUUCACUACUCUCGGCAUCGUCAAGACCGUAGACGCAAAGAAUGUCACCAUCUUAGACCAGUCUCCCCACCAGCUUGCCAAGGCGAAAGAGAAAGAGCCUUUGAAGGAAUGCACUAUCGUUGAGGGUGAUGCCGAGGAUUUGCCUUUUGCCACGGAUUACGCUGACCGAUACGUGUCUGCUGGAAGUAUUGAGUACUGGCCCGAUCCUCAACGCGGAAUUAAGGAAGCUUAUAGAGUAAUCAAGCCAGGCGGCAAGGCCUGUCUGAUUGGUCCAGUUCAUCCCACUCACUGGCUCUCUAGGUUCUUUGCCGACGUCUGGAUGCUCUUCCCAACAGAGGAGGAGUAUAUGGACUGGUUCACCAAAGCUGGCUUCUCUGAUGUAAAGAUCAAGCGAAUUGGGCCUAAGUGGUACAGAGGUGUCAGAAGGCAUGGUCUGAUUAUGGGAUGUUCAGUUACUGGUGUGAAGACCGAGGCUGGUGACUCACCCCUCCAGAUGGGCCCGAAGGCGGAGGACACUCGAGCUCCAUCGAACCCCUUCGUGUUCGCCUACAGGUUCCUCAUUGGAACUAUUGCCUCCAUGUACUAUGUGCUCGUACCGAUCUACAUGUGGCUGAAAGAUCUUGUGACACCGAAGGGUCAACCCAUCUAAAUCAGCCAAGCGCUGGCACUAUGACGUGCACAGGCAUUAAUUCCCUCUACCAGUAGAUCAAGGGAUGAAAACUGACAGUCCCAUUUGAACGGAAAGAUUGGAUGUGAACAUCAGGCAAAGUUGGUGAGCAACUGGAAGAAGCCACCAAGAUUCUGUACUUUAUAGGAUAUAAAAUUUGAUGUCUUAGGAGCCUCCACUUCACCUAAGGUGGUCUGUAGAGAAUGACAACGACUUACAUUUGUAGCAUGUUCUCCCUGUUGGGAGUCUGUAUUUAGUCUCUAGAACUUUUCGUUGAGGUAUACCGGGAGAAUGCAUGUUGGUCUUUUUUCCUCGGCUGAUUAGUGAGAUAGAGAUUUUUCUCGGCUAAUUGGUGAUCGAUACAUUCUUGGAUAUUCGAACCAAACCCACAUUUAUGAGUGCAAUGAAGUGCCUUCAUGUAUCUUAUAUCAGUCUGACCCAGUGCCGCGUGCACACUUGCUACUCCCGAGCAUAGAGAGAAGCAUC